GAAGUGUUCGAUUGAGUCAGUCCGUGUCGUUCUAGCUACUCACUACCAACCAUCUUGGUGAAUUUCUUCUGAAUCUUAGCAAUAGCCAUACUUCCCUCUAGCCACCAUGAAAUCUUUGAUCUUCCUCGGACUUAUUGCCAUCGUUCGGGCCGCUCCGGGAUACUACGGUGACCAUGGUCUCUCGUAUGUAGCUGCCGCUCCGGCACCAAUCGUCAAGUACGCAGCACCGGCCGUAUCGGUCGUACAUGCUGCUCCUGCACCGGUGCUUAAGUAUGCCGUUGCACCGGCACCGAUCGUGAAAGCAGUAGCACCGGCAGCCACUAGUUAUGCCACCAUUCAUCAGGUUCAUGCCCCGGUUGUACAUGCCGCACCGGUAGUGAAGUACGCAGCCGCACCAGCACCGGUUGUGUCGUACGUCCAUUCGGCACCAGUCGUUGCCCAUGCUCCGGCUCCACUGCUCAAGUACGCACCAGACUACCACGGUUGGUAAAUGGAUAUGUCCCGGACCAAAGAACACUGCCAUACGUGUCCGCUACAUCUGCUCUUCGGCCGGCACAGGAACAUCCAGAACCUCUUGGCACUUUCACUUCGAUCCUGUUUUCCACGUCACGUUACACUGCUCGAAAUCUAGCAUUUAAAGGCCAUCGUGUAUUUCUGUUUUUUUUUGUGUUUUUUGUUUAAAAUAAACAACCAAAGCAUACGCUA